AUGUCCUAUAAUCCGUAUGGAGCCCCUCCUUUUGGGCGGCCUCCAGGAUUUGGAUCAUUCCCAGGCCAGAGCGGAUCUCCGCCUGGCAUGGGGCCUCCACCGGGAAUGGGUCCCCCGCCAGGCAUGUCAGCACCAGGUACAGCUCCUCCUCCAGGUGUGCAGCAAGCCAACAGUGCUCAGGCUAGUCGACCGAGCGGACUCCCAGCCAGUUUCCAAGGCCCUCCCAAUAUGCCCAACAUCAACUUUUCUGCUCCUGUAAUCCGACUAGGCACUGGCCCUUCGAAACCGACAAUACCGAGCGCAGGCGGUGCGGGAGGGAGGAGAGAAAGUCAGGACCCAAUGUCUGCAGGUGGGAGGGCGGGAUUGGGUCCUGAUAGAGGGGUGGAGGCUCAACGACAGGCGUUGAGAGACAGUAUGAUGUCUCUCGUUCCCCCUACUAAAGAGGACAUUGUGCGUACGAUAUUUAUUGGGGGUAUUACGGAAGGUGUUGAUGGGGAUGAAGGCAUUGAGCGUAUACUCUGCACAGCCGGGAGAUUACGAAGAUGGGAUAGAGCUGUGGGCGCCGAUGGCAAGCAAUGCUCAUUUGGAUUUGCACAAUAUGAUGAUCCAGAAGGCUUAGCGACGGCGGUGGAGGUCCUCAAGGAUAUUGAGAUUCCGUUGAAGAAGCAGACGCCGAGCACUGGGGCAAAGAAUGAUGAUGACGAGGAAAAGGAAAUUGAGAAAUCGAAGCUCCUUGUUUUCGUGGACGACAAUUCACUCAAUUACUUGGAGAACUAUCAAUCGAAUCGAGGAGACGACCCUGCUGCGGAACAAUCGAAACUGGACGUUGCACGAGCCAAUCUUAAGGGCAUUCUCUACGAGCUUUUUCACCCCCCGAUGUUUGUUAAGAUGGAAGAAGGAGCGGAGGAUACACCAAUGCAGGAUGCAGAUGGGAACAGAGAUGACGUUGAAGUGGUUAAUAUACCGUUAGCUGUUGAUGAUGAACUUGCGGACAUCCCAGCAGAGAUGCGAGAGACGGUUGCGCAGGAGAUUACCGCGUUUCGAGACCGCAGCAAUCGAAGGGAUAUGGAGCGUCUUAAGCGGGAGGAGGAGAUGGAAGCAUUGGAACGGCAGCGCAAUGGAGCACCGCGACCUUCGCGUCUAGCUUCACCUGGUACUCAGAUCCCCAAUGGACCCGCCGGUGGUACGAAUAAUAUCCCCCUCGGCCCUCGAGGCGUCCUAAACGCGCCCUCAGGACCUAAAUCACAGGGUUCCCAAAUUCCUCGUGACUAUCAGAAAGGGGUCGCAUUUAUUAACGGGAGCGGUAUUCAUGGAGCUGCGAGUGGAGAUGUUUGGAUUAACCGCGAAGAGGAAGACGACUCUGCAAGCGAUGAAGAGCUCGAACGGCGACGGAAAUCUAAGAAAGAGGCCGACCUGGAAAAACAACAUCUUGACCAAGAACGCCGAUGGCUUAAUCGUGAACGCUCACGUACAGCUGCUGUGCAGCGCGAGAAGGAGCGUGAAGAUGAAGAUGUUUCCAAGGCCAAGGCUGUAAGGGAAAAGAUGGCCCAACGUCUACGAGAUUGGGAUGAUGACCUUGAAGCCUCCCGCAAGGUAGAGGAAUACUACGCUGAUCGGAGCAUGUGGAUUCGUAACCGGGCUGUCUUCCGCACCCGCGAAGCAGCCGCAGAUGAAAGAGAUCGUGUUACAGAACAACGGGAACGGCAGCGAGAAAUGGCAGACAAGGAGCAAGCCCGCGGGAUGGCAGAUUCAUUCUUGGAGCGGCAAGCCGAGGAACUGGAGUCUCGAUCUGGAGGACGCGCUCAACAACCGUUUAAGCUAUCACUUGGCGCCGCUGCGCAGAAAGCUCAGAAAGCCGCCCCCCCUCGCCGGACCGUUGCUGAAGUUGAAGGUCUUCUCGAGGAUGAGGAAGAUGCUGACAAGGUAUCGAAACGGACUCUUAUCCCCAUCAAAUUUGACCCGUCAACCGUAGUAGCAGCGCUCUCGGAUGAAGAACGUGACCAAGCUGUUAGACAGCUUGCCGCUGAGAUACCCAACGACAAGGAUGGUCUUUGGAGUUGGGAAGUUAGGUGGGAAUUUGUUGAUGAUGCCAUCAUUGACAAACUACGACCUUUUGUGGAGAAGAAGAUCAUGGAAUACCUAGGGGUGCAGGAGCAGUUACUUGUCGAGGUGGUUGAAGAGCAUAUUCGCACCAGAGGCAAACCGCAGGAUUUGGUGGAGCAAUUAGAGGGGGCGUUGGACGAAGAAGCUGAGGCCUUGGUGAAGAAACUGUGGAGGAUGCUUAUCUUCUUUUCUGAGAGUGAGAAGAGAGGCCUUUCAGCUUAG